UUCGCCGUCUGCUCAAAAGCCACCCCGUUGUAGUUUGCUGUUCUCUUGUGGUUUGUGGUGUGUCAUUAUUUUACGGCUAGUCUUAAUUUUUCCAUCGGAGUGCAGAAGUUCGCUCAGAUUCUCAACCCGCGUGUGUAACCAGGUUUGUUGGGAAGAAUACCUUGUCUUCCACUUGUCUGAAUACAAAAUCAGUACCAGAAAAAAAUCAGGUCGUGCUGUGCUCUAGGUCUUGUGUGGACGCGAUUGUUUACCGCGUGUGUAUUGCAAUUUUUUACAUAGCUCAUACAAACUUGUGAGCAGUGGAAAAAUAACGUAGCAAAAUGGAUAACACAAAAAUUUGCGAGCUGCUGCGGGCAACAAUUGAACCAAGCCAGCGGCUGCAAGCUGAGGAACAAUUAAACCAGGUACACAAAAUCAUUGGUUUCCUGCCAAGUUUGCUGCAGGUGAUAAUGCAAAACGACGUAGAAAGUCCCGUUCGCCAGGCUGGUGCAAUCUACUUGAAGAAUUUAAUCACGAGCAGCUGGCAGGACCGAGAAGCGGAAGCAGGUAAUCCAAUCCCGUUUUCCAUUCACGAACAAGACCGUGCCAUGAUCCGAGAUACGAUCGUGGAAGCCAUUGUUCAUGCUCCGGACAUCAUCAGAGUACAGUUGUGUGUUUGCAUCAACAAUAUUAUCAAAAACGAUUUUCCCGGCCGAUGGACGCAGGUGGUGGACAAAAUUAGCAUCUAUCUGCAAAAUCGAGAUGUUAAUGGUUGGAAUGGAGCUUUAUUAUGCAUGUAUCAACUAGUUAAAAAUUAUGAAUACAAAAAAUCUGCGGAGAGGGCCCCACUAACUGAGGCAAUGAAUUUGCUAUUACCUCAGAUGUACAAUCUGAUGUUGAACGUUAUCAAUGAUCCAUCCGAGCAGAGCGUACUUAUGCAAAAACAAAUUUUGAAAAUUUAUUACGCUUUAACGCAGUACGCCUUACCCUUGGAAGUCAUUACAAAAGAAAUAUUCGCGAACUGGAUGGAAAUUUGCCGUCAAAUAUUAGAUCGCCCUGCUCCAGAUUCCUCUAAUAUCGACGAGGACGAACGGCCUGAGCUGCCUUGGUGGAAGGUUAAAAAAUGGGCUUCUCACAUUGUGCUACGCAUGUUUGAACGCUACGGGAGUCCAGGGAAUGUUGUCUCGAAAGAUUACAAUGAGUUUGCGGAAUGGUUCCUGCAGACGUUUACAAGCGGACUGCUUAACGUACUGCUCAAAAUUCUGGAUCAGUAUCGAAACAAAAUCUACGUCUCGCCGAGAGUGAUGACCGAUACGCUCAAUUACAUCAAACAUGCCGUCUCUCAUGCACACUCGUGGAAAAUGUUAAAACCUCACUUCAUUGCUAUUAUCCAGGACGUGAUUUUUCCGUUGAUGUCGUACUCUGAAGCCGACGAAGAAUUAUGGGAAGCUGACCCAAUCGAAUACAUCCGUCAAAAGUUUGAUGUGUUCGACGAUUACACCACACCGGUUCCAGCCGCCGAAACUUUGCUACACAAUUGCUGCAAAACUAGGAAAGGUGUCUUGCCUCAGGUCAUGCAGAUUAUUAUGCAAAUUAUCAACGCGCCGAAUCUUAAUGCAAAGCAAAAAGAUGGUGCUCUUCAUAUGGUCGGAUCACUGGCCGACGUUCUACUGAAGAAAAGAGUAUUCAAGGAACAGGUCGAAAACCUUAUUAUGCAGUAUGUUUUUCCAGAAUUUAAUAGUCCACAUGGACACCUUCGUGCUCGGGCCUGUUGGGUGUUGCAUUACUUUAGUGAAAUCAAAUUGAAAAAUCAGCAGGUCUUGGCGGAAAUCAUGCGGCUUACUUCGACCGCAUUGCUUAAUGACAAAGAGCUACCGGUCAAGGUAGAAGCUGCAGUUGCCUUACAAAUGUUCCUCAUCUCACAAGACAAUGCGUCCAAGUACUUGGAGAAUCAAAUCAAGGAAGUAACAAUGGAACUUCUGAAGAUAAUUCGGGAAACCGAGAAUGAGGACCUUACCAAUGUACUGCAAAAGAUAGUGUGCACAUAUUCUGACCAGUUGUUGCCGAUUGCAGUGGAUAUCUGCCAACACUUAGCAACUACUUUCAGUCAGGUACUUGAGGCAGACGAAAAUUCCGAUGAGCGAGCCAUUACCGCUAUGGGUCUAUUGAAUACAAUGGAAACACUCCUAAGUGUAAUGGAAGAACAUCCGCAGGUGAUGUUAUCCCUACAUCCGAUUGUUCUGCAAGUAGUUGGCCAUGUUCUACAACACAAUGUUAACGAGUUCUACGAAGAGGCAUUUUCUCUGGUGUACGAUUUAACCUCCAAGUCUAUAUCACCCGACAUGUGGAAGUUGCUUGAGAUUAUCUACCAGCUUUUCCAAAAAGAUGGAAUCGAUUAUUUCGUGGAUAUGAUGCCCGCACUUCACAACUACAUAACUGUCGAUACGCCUGCAUUUUUGUCGAAUCAGAACCACGUCCUGGCUAUGUUCAAUAUGUGCAAAACAAUAUUGACUGGUAACACCACAGAGGAAGCAGAGUGCAGUGCAGCAAAACUGCUGGAAGUAAUCAUUUUGCAGUGCAAAGGCCGCAUUGACGAAUGCAUUCCAAGUUUUGUAGAAUUGGCUCUAACACGGUUGACGCGCGAAGUCAAAACAUCCGAGCUGCGAACGAUGUGUUUACAGGUUGUUAUAGCUGCGCUCUAUUAUAACCCACAGUUACUGCUACAGAUUCUCGAAAAAAUCCCUCUACCUGUGAGUAACGAAUCGAUAGCUUCACAUUUCAUAAAACAGUGGAUACAUGAUUCGGAUUGUUUCUUAGGAAUUCACGAUCGUAAACUGUGCGUGAUUGGUUUAUGUACGCUGAUGACCCUUGGAGAUGGUAAACCGACAGUGUUGAGUGAAUUGAGUGAUAAAAUUAUUCCUACACUGAUACUCAUAUUCGAUGGGUUGAAGCGUGCAUACGCGGCCCGUGCCUCUGAAGGGGAAGAAGAAGAAAGUGAAGAAGAAGACGAUGAUCUAGAGGAUGGCAUUUCCAGCGAUGAAGACGAGGUGGAUGAAAUGGGACCUUCAUAUUUUGAUCGUGUAGCCAAGAUGGCCCAGGAUAAAGCAGCGGAGCAGGGUUUCGAACUAACGGCGACGAUCAAGGACGCCGAUUCCGAUGAUGAGGAUGACGACGACGACGAUGACGACUCUGGUGACGAAAUUGAUGAAACGGCACUAGAAGGAUUCACCACUCCAUUAGAUGACGAAGAUAAUCCAGAAUGUGUAGAUGAGUAUAUUGCUUUCCUUGAAGUUAUGUCCAAUCUACCAAAUGCCGAUCCCAACUGGUAUAACAUGCUUACCAGAAAUUUAAAACCAGAGGAGGCGAAGUCUUUGCAAGAAGUACUUGUGCUGGCCGAACAGAAGAAGGCUGCCAAACGUUCUAAGGAAAUUGAAAACAGCGGAGGUUACCAGUUCACUCAGCACCAGAUUCCAAGCUCGUUUAAUUUCAGUGGACAACAGUAACGGUAUUGUGGGUAUACAUCACUUCUGAAGAUAACACGGAAUCUUAAAAACAAUAAACUGAAAACUACUGUAAAAAGAUCGCUACACAACAUUAGGAAAAAAGCAAAAAAAAAAAACUAAGCAUUAGAUUUACUAGCAUAUUUUGUAUUUUUUUGUUUCUGAAGCGUAAAAUGAAGAACCAUCAUUGUACAACUGAUACAAAUUUCUUUUAAAAAAGGCAGGGAUGAGUACCCGAUAGUGGAACCGAACCGAAUGUUGACAUCAAUAUUAGUUAUUUUCGCUGCAUUGUUUCUCACAAACUAUUUAUGAGAGAUUGUUUCUGUUAACUUUGAAAGAAAACAAAAAAAAAAUAUUAAAUUGCUUCGGAAGCACAUGUUGACAUUUUUGUUCCGUUCUGAGAGUGUUCUGUCUGUAAGACCGAGGAUUAGGAAUGACUGUAUUUUAGCAUGAAACGCUGCUUACAAUAUCAGGGAUAGGCUUGCAUUAAGCAGUUUAAUGUUGACGAAUAUGCAUGCAGAAUAUCGUCAAGUAUUAAACUAUGCAACACACACACACAUGUACACCGUAUAUUAAUUCGAAUCAACGUCUUUAUUUGACUCAUGAAUUUGUUAGUGUUGAAUGAAUCAAAAUGUUUUUUUAAACCAAAAUUGCAUGAUCGGAAAACAAAUUUAUUAUUAGGUUAUUUUUGCCUUUCAACAAAUAAAUUCAGUCCUAAUUCAACUACUUUGAUUUAUUACACCAUUUUCAAUAUCCCA